AUGGCCGGUGCACCCCAGCAGCCGCUGACCUUCAACGAUGUGUUCGAGGAGGAGGAGCACAUGGAGCCCAAGGAGGCCCAUACCAUUCACCACAUUCGUGCUAAUUCCAGUAUUAUGCACCUCGACAAGAUUUUAGUUAUGAGGACCGUCUCAGCAUGCAUCGGCAAAGCCGACGAAGCUUACGUCAUUGGCAAGCGAGGCCAGUACACCCCCGUCGGAGCCUACCUUGCGGGCGAUGAAAUUAUCAAGAUUGCCCUUGAGCACGGCGCACAGAUGAUUCACCCAGGUUAUGGUUUCUUGUCUGAGAACGCCGAAUUCGCUCGCAAUGUCGAGAAGGCCGGCCUGAUUUUCGUCGGCCCGUCUCCACAGGUCAUCGACUCCCUCGGUGACAAGGUCUCUGCCCGUAAGCUUGCCAUUGCUGCCGGAGUGCCCGUUGUGCCGGGAACAGAGGGCGCUGUUGCCACAUACGAGGAGGUCAAGACCUUCACCGAUACCUAUGGCUUCCCCAUCAUCAUCAAGGCCGCCUACGGUGGUGGUGGCCGUGGCAUGAGAGUUGUGCGAGACGCCGACUCCCUGCAGGAGCACUUCGAAAGAGCCACAUCCGAGGCCAAGUCGGCCUUCGGUAACGGUACCGUCUUUGUUGAGCGAUUCCUUGACAAGCCCAAGCACAUUGAAGUCCAGCUUCUUGGUGACAAUGAAGGCAACGUCGUGCACCUGUACGAGCGUGACUGCUCCGUCCAGCGUCGCCACCAGAAGGUCGUCGAGAUUGCUCCUGCCAAGGAUCUCCCCGCUGCCACCCGUGAUGCUAUCUUGGCUGAUGCUGUUAAGCUGGCUAAGUCAGUUAACUAUCGCAACGCCGGUACCGCAGAGUUCCUGGUCGACCAGCAGAACCGCUACUACUUCAUUGAGAUCAACCCUCGUAUCCAGGUUGAGCAUACCAUCACUGAGGAAAUCACUGGCAUCGACAUCGUCGCUGCUCAGAUCCAGAUCGCUGCCGGUGCCAGCUUGGCUCAGCUCGGCCUGACCCAGGACCGCAUCUCCACCCGAGGCUUUGCUAUUCAGUGCCGUAUCACCACCGAGGACCCUGCCAAGAACUUCUCACCCGAUACCGGUAAGAUCGAGGUCUACCGAUCUGCCGGUGGUAAUGGUGUUCGUCUUGACGGUGGUAACGGAUUUGCCGGUGCCGUCAUCACCCCUUACUACGACUCCAUGUUGGUAAAGUGUACUUGCAAUGGCUCCACAUACGAAAUCGCCCGCAGAAAGGUUCUCCGUGCUCUCAUCGAGUUCCGUGUCCGCGGCGUCAAGACCAACAUUCCUUUCCUUGCCCGACUUUUGACUCACCCUACAUUUAUUGACGGAAACUGCUGGACAACCUUUAUUGAUGAUACCCCUCAAUUGUUUGAUUUGCUUGGCAGCCAGAACCGUGCUCAGAAGCUGCUGUCCUACCUCGGUGACGUUGCCGUCAACGGCAGCAGCAUCAAGGGCCAAAUUGGUGAGCCCAAAUUCAAGGGCGAGAUCAUCGUUCCUGAAAUUGUCACUUCGGCGGGCGAGAAGGUCGAUGUCUCUCAGCCAUGCACUGUUGGAUGGCGCAACAUCCUUGUGGAGCAGGGCCCCAAGGCCUUUGCCAAGGCUGUUCGCGAGUACAAGGGAUGUCUUUUGAUGGACACCACCUGGAGAGAUGCUCACCAGUCUCUUCUUGCCACCCGUGUCCGAACAGUCGAUCUGCUCAAUAUUGCCAAGGAGACCAGCCACGCCUUGUCCAACCUUUACAGUCUCGAGUGCUGGGGUGGUGCCACCUUUGACGUAGCAAUGCGUUUCCUCUACGAGGAUCCCUGGGAACGUCUUCGCCGCAUGCGCAAGCUCAUCCCCAACAUCCCCUUCCAGAUGCUUCUCCGUGGUGCCAACGGUGUCGCUUACUCUUCACUUCCUGACAAUGCUAUUGAUCACUUUGUCGACCAAGCUAAGAAGAACGGUGUUGAUAUCUUCCGUGUCUUCGACGCCCUCAACGACAUUGAUCAGCUCGAAGUCGGUAUUAAAGCAGUUCACAAGGCCGGCGGUGUUGUUGAAGGAACCGUGUGCUAUAGUGGCGACAUGCUAAACCCCUCCAAGAAGUACAAUCUUGAGUACUACUUGGCUCUCGUUGACAAGCUUGUUGCUCUUGAUAUCCAUGUCCUUGGUAUCAAGGAUAUGGCUGGUGUGCUCAAGCCCCACGCUGCCACCCUCCUGAUUGGCAGCAUCCGCAAGAAGUACCCCGACUUGCCUAUUCACGUUCACACUCACGACUCUGCCGGAACUGGUGUUGCAUCUAUGGUCGCCUGUGCCCAGGCCGGAGCUGAUGCUGUUGAUGCCGCUACUGACAGUCUCUCUGGUAUGACUUCUCAGCCCAGCAUCAAUGCCAUCCUUGCCUCCCUCGAGGGAAGCGAGCACAGCCCUGGCCUUGACCCCAGACAAGUCCGAGCUCUGGAUACCUACUGGUCGCAGCUCCGUCUUCUAUACUCUCCCUUUGAGGCUCACCUUGCCGGUCCUGACCCCGAGGUGUACGAGCACGAGAUUCCUGGUGGUCAGUUGACCAACAUGAUGUUCCAGGCCUCUCAGCUUGGUCUUGGCUCUCAGUGGCUCGAGACCAAGAAGGCUUACGAGCAUGCCAACGAUCUCCUUGGAGACAUUGUCAAGGUCACUCCUACUUCCAAGGUCGUUGGUGACCUUGCCCAAUUCAUGGUCUCUAACAAGCUCUCUGAGGAAGACGUCCGUGCUCGUGCCUCGGAACUCGACUUCCCUGGAUCCGUUCUCGAGUUCUUCGAAGGUCUCAUGGGUCAGCCAUUUGGAGGCUUCCCCGAGCCUCUACGUAGCGACGCGCUCCGUGGUCGUCGCAAGCUCGACAAGCGACCUGGACUGUUCCUUGAGCCUGUUGACUUUGUCAAGGUCAAGCGUGAGCUGGGCAAGAAGCUCGGCGCUCCGGUUACCGAGUGCGACAUUGCCUCGUACGUCAUGUACCCCAAGGUCUUUGAGGACUACAAGAAGUUCGUUCAGCAGUACGGCGAUUUGUCCGUUCUCCCAACCAGGUACUUCCUCUCCAGGCCCGAGAUUGGCGAGGAGUUCCACGUUGAGCUUGAGAAGGGCAAGGUCCUCAUCCUGAAGCUGCUUGCUGUUGGCCCUCUGAGCGAGAACACUGGCCAGCGUGAGGUCUUCUUCGAAAUGAACGGAGAGGUUCGACAGGUCACUGUCAUUGACAAGAAGGCUGCCGUUGAGAACGUCAGCAGACCCAAGGCCGACCCCACUGACUCUAGCCAAGUCGGUGCACCCAUGUCUGGUGUCUUGGUCGAGCUCAGAGUCCACGAGGGUCACGAUGUCAAGAAGGGCGACCCUCUUGCUGUCCUCUCCGCCAUGAAGAUGGAAAUGGUCAUCUCCGCCCCUCACAGCGGAAAGGUGGCAGGAUUGCAAGUCAGGGAAGGAGACUCUGUGGAUGGAUCCGACCUGGUCUGCAGAAUUACUAAGUCUUAA